AGUGCUUGCUUUUUACCCUACAUAUUUCUCUUUUUCAGACUCUGGAUGGCUUUGUUUUUGUGGUAGCAUCAGAUGGCAAAAUAAUGUACAUCUCAGAAACAGCAUCUGUACAUCUUGGCUUAUCUCAGGUGGAGCUUACUGGUAAUAGUAUUUAUGAGUACAUACAUCCUUCUGAUCAUGAUGAGAUGACAGCUGUUCUUACUGCUCACCAGCCUCUUCAUCCUCACCUCUUACAAGAAUAUGAAAUUGAGAGAUCAUUUUUCCUGAGAAUGAAGUGUGUCCUAGCCAAGAGGAAUGCAGGACUGACAUGCAGUGGCUACAAGGUGAUCCAUUGCAGUGGCUAUUUGAAGAUACGGCAGUAUAUGCUAGAUAUGUCUUUGUAUGAUUCCUGUUACCAAAUCGUUGGACUGGUGGCUGUAGGUCAAUCUUUACCUCCCAGUGCAAUCACUGAGAUCAAACUUCACAGUAACAUGUUUAUGUUCAGAGCAAGUUUGGACUUAAAAUUAAUAUUCCUAGAUUCCAGGGUGACUGAAUUAACUGGAUAUGAGCCCCAAGAUCUGAUAGAAAAAACCCUCUAUCACCAUGUUCAUGGCUGUGAUGUGUUCCAUUUACGAUAUGCUCAUCAUCUGUUGUUGGUGAAAGGCCAAGUCACAACCAAGUACUAUCGACUACUGUCCAAGCAUGGAGGCUGGGUUUGGGUACAGAGCUACGCUACUAUUGUGCAUAACAGCCGUUCAUCACGGCCUCACUGCAUAGUGAGUGUCAAUUAUGUCCUUACAGAUAUUGAGUAUAAGGAACUUCAGUUGUCACUGGACCAGGUUACCAUUUCUAAGUCACAGUUUUCAUGCAGAAACUCAGUACCUACCUCGCAGGAAACAAGGAAAAUAGUAAAACCCAAAAGUAAUAAAAUGAAGGCAAAACUCAGAACAACACCUUACCCACAACAGCAAUACAGCUCAUUCCAAACAGACAAACUGGAAUGCAGCCAGGUGGGAAACUGGCGAUCCAGCCCUGCAGUGAACGCUGCCACCAUUCAAGAACAAAACUUCCAUUCAGAAAACAGUGAACUUUUAUAUGCCCCGUCAUAUAGCUUGCCUUUCUCCUACCAUUAUGGACACUUCCCUGUAGAUUCUCAUGUCUUCAACAGCAAAAAGCAAAUGCUGCCUUCAAAGUUUGGGCAGUCUCAAGGAGCACCUUGUGAAGUGGCUCGAUUUUUCUUGAGUACGCUGCAGACAAAUGGAGAAUGCCAGUGGCAUUAUGCCACCAACUCCUUGGUACCCAACAGCCAGUCACCAUCCAAAAAUCUUUCUGAUCAGCCAGUGAACAUCAUCCGACAUAAUCUUGCACAGAGCUAUGAAGUGCCCAUAUCAAACAGAAGAUACAGCCAAGAUGCCCUACCCGACAACUUUACAAGCUGCACAGCAUCCAUGCCAGGCAGCAGAUACAAAGAAGAGAUUUAUGAUUCUGGCAUCGUGAAACCCAACAAGAUAGAAAACAGGAUUCAGCCGCCUCACCACCUCAUUAAAGAAGAAAACAAGUUAGCUUUUAACAGAGACCUACAAGAAAAAAUGAGCAUUAAUGAAAGUUCUUUCUCAAACUCCAUAGCUAACUCCUUGCUGCCAAAGUCAGAAUGUUUCCAGUCUAAAGCUAUAGGACAAUUAAGUCAUCUCCUGCCAAUGCCCUCAGUAUAUGAGCAAACCAGAAGGAUUUGUGUGAAAGAACCCAAAUAUGGGCAUAUUAGUCACCACGCUACAAAUCUAGAGGAAAUGGAUAGCGAUGAGAGAAUGACUGUAAAGCUUGAUCAUGACUCUGAAAGCGAACGUGUGAUGGAUGUGAGACCCUCUGGACAAGUCCCGUUUGUGCUUCUAAAUUAUCAUCAUGUUUUAGCCAAGCAUGGUACAUUUCAAACUUCAUCAUGUACAGCGACAGGACACGCAGGAGAAAAUUAUGGAUACAAUUCCGAGGAAGUAAAUACAUUUAUUUACAAAAACCAAAGCCCUUCAUCAGCUUCUUCUCCAGAAACCCACAAGGAAUCUGCACUACCCCAUUAUAUUGGAACUUCUGUAAUAAUAGCCAAUGGAAGGUGA